CUAAGACGCGUCCCGGUCGGAAGAUUUCGAGCCUGGCGGAGCGGGCGGAGGAUGGCGGCCGCGGCUGGGUUUUUCCGCCGCCUCGGGGCGGUGAGCGGGGCGGCCGCGGUGGGAGCGGCCGCCUACGGGGCUCACGGGUUCCACCCCCGGGAUCAGCAGGAGUACCUGAAAGAGUUGUAUGGCACUGCCAAUAAGUACCACUUCCUGCACAGCCUGGCCCUCUUGGCUGUGCCCCAAUGCCGGUACCCAAUGCUGGCUGGGAGCAUCCUGUCCACGGGCAUGGGGCUCUUCUGCGGGCCCUUCUAUUACCACGCGCUAACAGGAGAGCCCACCUUCACCCGAGUGGCGCCCUAUGGCGGAAGCCUCCUUAUCCUUGGCUGGCUGGCCUUGGCUCUCUGACGGCCCCUUCCCCCAUCUCCACAUUGUCCCCCAGCCCUGGGCGAGCCAGGAGCCUUCAGGCACCUUCCCUUUGCAGCUAGCAGGAAGCGGCUAAGAGGAAUGCCAUCUGCCCUGCACAGGGCAGUGGUGGUGGGGCAUCUGGACCAAGACUGAAGCAGCUUCGCUUCGGGGCCUCUCCAAAACCUGCUCUGGGGCUGAAUUUUCAAGGGGCUGAAUCUUCUCUCUUUUUAUUGAAAGUCUCUCUCAGUUGUUAUAAUGGAUGCAGAUUUGCGAUGGGGAAGAAAGGGAAGGAAUCACGUCAAGCCGAGGAUGUCGGCUUCCCUAGAAUGUAAGGGAUUGCGCGAGUUGAAUCAUUGUUUACAUGACUUUAAUAAAUGAACUUGGUUUUACUUCUUCAA